AUGGUUCCACCGGCAGGUGAAGCCAUCACUGUCAGCCCUGCGCCCACUGAUGGCAACCCCACCGUUGUGCUUAGGGGCACCCAGCUGCUUAACCGAUCCUUUAGCGCAGAUGACCUUCAACCGCCGUCGGAGAACGAUAAGAACUUGAUUGAAUCGACUGUGACUGCAUCCAAGGACAGACUGAAUAAGGGCAUUGAACAGAUGGCUACGUCUGUUGGUGAGAAGGUAGGUAUAGACUUGUAG